AAUAACAGAAUUUUAAACGUUAAUAAUCAAAUAUUUAGAAUUUUGUUUCCUACAAUCCUACGUUGUAAACGAUCGCCCGAAGACUUUCAACCUUUUUGUAUUUAUCACCUAUCGCUGGCUCACGGGUGCGAACGCGAGAAUAUUUUAAAAUUAUGGGAAUGUAGCAGUUCUAACAAUUUAAACAUUUUAUUUCCCUUCAGUGAUUCGUUGUGGUUCUUUGGGUUCGAUUCUCAACGGAAAGGUCAUCAUGUCUAAGACUAGUUACAAUGGCGUUGUUCGCUUUGUUUGCGAUGAUGGAUUUUACUUAUCCGGAGUUGAUGAAGCUCGCUGCACGAUUAACGGAAAUUGGUCUGAUUCGCUCCCGGAGUGUAUUAGUAUGGUUAAAUGUCCUGCAUUAGUUCCAUCUCAGAGAUCUAAUAUAAUUUAUGCCUCUGAAAGAGGUGUUUUGAUCAACACUUUCAAUAGCUAUGCAAUAGGAACACUUGCUGAGGUGGGAUGCGAUGAUGGAUUUUCAGUAGAUGGUGAAAAUCUGCUAACUUGUCUGGAAAAUGGAAGUUGGGACAUGUCAAUGCCUGACUGCAUACCUCAGGAAUCCAUAUUGAGUACUACCGAAUUCUAUUCACUGGCAGCAGGAAGCAGUUCAAAAGUACCGAGCAUAAUAAAAAUCAAUCGACGUACUGAUAUUCGGUUCUGGAAGCAAUUAAGAGACUAUUUAUUCUACGGUUGUAAACCAGUAGAUCAGACGAAAAAGUCACAUUUCUGCCAGGAUGGAGAGGAAUUUUCACAUGAUUUGGGAGAUCUCACUUUCUUUGAUUUACCCGAUUCAAACGAGUAUCAAAACAUGGACAGCAAGUUACUCGAACGACUAGAAAAAACUACAAAGCCUGACAAUAAUUUGAAAGUGUACAAUCUAUUGAAGUAUAUAUUGUAUGGUACAAUUGGUUCAAUCAGCAAUUCGCAGCGUCUGUCGAAAGAAGCUGAAGAUUCCUAUAGGUUCGUGAUCUGCUUGUUCAUUGACAUCAUUAUGAUGGACCGAGAAGUUUCCUUCGAUGAAGAGAUUUUGUUGGACAUCAAUUCAAGAGAAAAUACUAAUUCCAAAGUAAAAAGCCUACUCAAAAACGUGGUUCAACCGAUCUACGAGACACAUGUUCGCAUGCAAGAAGAAGAACGUCAGCGAGACAUCAUAAAUCAGAGAAAUGCACUUAAAAGGAUUAUUGCUUUAGCGGAAGAAAAGCGAACUCCAACUUAUUCGUGUAGACUGAACUCUCUGCCAGAUCCUCCAAUUGAUAGUAAAAUUAUUGCUAUAGAGAAUAGUGCUCUCACACUUCAAACGGCUGAUUUGCGGAUUGAAAAACUUCGAAAGCGCACUGAAACAGUUUCCAUUGGAGUUCGUAUGAUAUACGAAUGCAACACGGGUUUUACAAUGAAAGGCCCGGGAUAUGUCGAAUGCUCAAAAGAAGGACAAUGGAGUUACUUGGACAGUUUCUGUGAGGGUGUUCUCUGUGAGCAACCUCCAUUUCCUCCAGGUAUGGUAAUAGCUGACAGCUCAAAGGAUUCACAAUACUAUUAUGACGAUGAAAUCGAGUACAAUUGCCUGGAAGGUUAUGCGAUGCAAGGCCAUCCUAUAAUUAAAUGUUCUGUGGAUGGAAAAUGGUCUCCAGUGAUGGCAAGAUGCACGAAAAUAUCUUGUGGGAAACCAAAGGUUACCAACUCUGCAAAAAUUAUUGCAGGAAGUUCCUAUCAGUUUGGCGAACACCUGAAAAUACUCUGCGAGGAUAGACGUACUAUUGAAAUAACUUGCCAAGCAAGCGGUACAUGGAGCGUGUUCGAAGAUUGUUAA